AGACUCUCCAAGCGAACCAAGAAUAUAUCAAUUUACCAAAAUUUUUCAUUAUUGCUCUCAUAAUUCCCAAGAGUUAUUUAGAAAUACUUUUUGAAAAAGUAAUCAUAAAUUCUAGAAUUACAGAUGUUGUCAUUUAACAAAUCAAUAUUUUGGUAACGCCAAAUACCGCAAAAAUUCACCAACACACACACAUACACACACAUAUACUUAUACAUCUAUAUGAAAAGGGAGAGAGAUAAAGAGAGAGAAGAUCUAUAUUUCCAUUUGGGUUUAAAAGAUAACCUCACUGGAGACUUUGUAAUAUUUCCUGCCAAACCAUGGCAAAACCAAACCAUAUCACAAUACAAGUGUGUCAUUGGGAUUCCAUAGACAAAACAUGCAAAUAUGAUGAACCAGUGAGUUUAAAUGACACAUCUAGUGUCACAAAUGAGAUGGAGAGUUUGACAUCUACCAAUAAAGACGGCGUAAACAAAGCAAAGACUCAACCCAAAAACCAAUACAGUAAUGGCAAGUUAUCUGCGAAAGGUUACACGUUGGAUCAAGUCUUAGAUUCAAUACGUGAACUCGUACAUGAACUUGAGAAAUUAGAGGACUAUCACCACGGAGAAGCUAUGAAGCUUCAAAAGAAAAUUGGAGAUGCUUAUUGGGAUUAUUAUAACUGGCGCAAGGAAAUCGGUGACCUACUAAGUGCCGAGGGCUAUGCAGUUGUUUCUAUGAAGAUGCUCAAAGUUUUAAAUACAAUCGGAAUCUUUAAAAACGAUGAAAUCUGGUUCCCCACUUAUUACGCCUACAACACAAUGUGGAAUUUCUCUGAUGCCAGUGCACAGUUAGCUCUGAGUCUUGCUGAGUCAGAUGCAGUGAGGUUGUUAACCUGCAACUGUGGUCACAAACCAUAUUUAAACGCCAUCCAUAGCAAGAAUGUUCAUUACAUCAUCAAAGCUUCACUCAGCAUCCUUCAUAACAUUGCCAGGAAUCCAUCCAUUAAACAUUAUUUCAAAGAACAGAAGACUUCAGAGGUGAUUCAGACAUUUAUUUCUUCAAAAGAUGAAAUGUUUAAGGUCCUAUCUAUGAUGACUAUGGCAUACAUCGUUGAAGAGGAAGACAACCAGACAUUAAUUGAGGAAACUGGGAGCAUUUUGUGUAUGCUCCAAUGGCUUGAUAAAGCUCUCGACUGCAAUAAAAGACGAUACAAAGGUUUCACACCAUACGAGAUUGUGCAAGGCCUGGAAAAGUUGGCUGUCACAGAUUCCAACAAAUUAAAGAUUGUGGAUGGUGGAAUAUUAUCAAUGCUAAGUCGUAUGUUACAAUUUGAUGACGUCCGCGAACAAUGCUCAGCUGCAAGGAUUCUGUGGACGUUAAUGUUUGACGAAAAUGUACGCGAAAGGUUAAUAAAUGAUGAACAAGCGUUGGUGACACUACUGGAAUCUCUCAAAGACAACAAAGACAAACUAGUCAGUGCAAAUGUUAAAGGGGUGCUGUGGUUGUUAAAUGGAGCAACACAAGUAACGGAGGUUGACAAGGAGACGGUCCGUGCAAGAGCAAAGACACAUGUUUUUAUUAGUUACUCAGUGGUAGACAAAGAAAGUGUAUGGAGAAUCCGAGACAGGUUAAAGGAAGAAGGUUACCAGUUAUGGAUAGAUGUUGACUGUAUGGGGCCUUCGAACUUACAAGCCAUGGCUAGUGGUAUAGAAAACGCUGCUGUUGUUUUAAUUUGCAUGUCUGAGAAAUACAAACAAAGCCCUAGCUGCCGUACAGAAGCUGAAUACACAUUUCGAUUACGUAAAGACUACAUUCCAAUGAUGAUGCAGAAAAAAUACAAUCCAGAUGGUUGGCUUGGUACCAUGCUUGGAGCAAAAUUGUUCUUUGAUUUUAGCGGGAAGUACCCUUUUGAGAAGAGUUUUGGUGGACUUAUAAAAGAACUUCGUGGACGUGGACAAUAUUCACCUGGUGAAGCUCAAGUUGAUGGUCCUGAGGACCAAACUAACAAAGCUGGAACUUCAACAGAGAAUUCAGGAAAUGAACAGCAAUCACCUUCUAAGAAAAUCUCCAUCGAUCAUCUUGUCAAUGACAUUGGUGCUUUGUCUCCAAUAGCGGAAAUGACAAAUGACGAAAUUGCAUCUUGGCUUCAUUAUCAUAAAUUGGCUGAAUACAGUGAAGCUUUUUCACAGUUUGAUGGCAAAAUGUUAUUUCAGCUGAGUGAGAUGAAGAAAGAGGCUCCUGAAUAUUUUUAUCAAUGCAUGGAGAAGAAAAUGAACAUGUCUUUGGUGGAUACCCUUCGAUUUACGGCAGCUUUGGCAUCAAUAAAAAAAUAGAAAAAUCCACAAAAGUUCUUACCAUUUUCAUUGUUUCCACACAGUCAUUGAAGAGACAGCAGUGCUGUGACCAAACAGCUCGCCUCAACUAACUGCCUCGAGGAAGUGACUUCACAGCAUUGGAGAAAAUAACGAACCAUGACCUCAAAGGUGUCCAGAAAAAUGAAAUUUGUUAAAAGAUAUAUUUAUUUUCACUGAAAGAGAGUUUACUAAGAGAAGUGAUCUGUAUUUAUUUGGUCAAACUGAAGAGUUUAAAGUGACAAAAUUUACAUGCGUUAUUAAUUAUCGGUUUGUAUAAUUCAUUGGUAUUAUUGAAGACUUAAGAUUGAAGACUUAAGAUUGAAGGCUUAAGAUUGAAGACUAAGUGCUGUUUGUAUGCAUAUCAAUGAAUAUACAUUCACGUGUAUUUGCAGAGAUGUGUUCAAAUAUAUACUAAUACUUCAUAUAAGUAACACACAAAAUAUAUAUUUAUUUACGUAAAUGCAUGGAAAAUUUGGGGAAACUAUGUUGAAAAAAAAUAACAAUACGCAAAAAGAAAAUAACAACGUAUAUUUAUUUCUAUUUAUUUCAGUUUAAUUGCGGCUAAACUUUAAAAUUUACAUUUAAAUUUUAGUCUGGAAAAUUCAUUGAUCGGUUUAAAAAUUCUAAAAAAAAAAAUUUAAUUAAAAUAAAAUCACAAAGCAUUGAUCUGAUUGGAAGUAUCUUUGGUUACUUUGUUCAAUGGACAAAUUUUAUUAAAAAAAACUUUAAAGACUGAAUUUUUGCAAAUUUUUCUAAGGAAAAAAAUAAGAAACAAUUUCAUUAUUGUUUAAGUAUUCAUGAAAAUGGAUGGCAUUUCUGAAGUUAUUUGUUAAUUAUUUUUUUACCAUUCAACUGUUAAUUUGUAAAUUGAGACUGUAAGUUGAAUUUUACUGCAAAGUCUCAGAUUAUUAUCAAAACGGUUAGGUUUUUUUUAACCUAAACAGAGUAAUUAUAGGAAAUAUAAAAAAAAUAUUUAAAUUUAAUGAAGGAUGAUGGGUAAUUACUACAAAGAUAGAUAAACAAAUAAAUAAAUAAAACCUCUAAAUUAUGUAGUCAUCUUCAUUAAAAGUGUAAUUUGGGUUUUUCCUUUGAGAAGAUGUGUUGGCCAUAUUUUACUGUAAACGUUGAUUGGUCCAAAAAUUUUCCUGUUUGUGUUACAUAAAGAAUAUAUUGUUGGAUAAUUGAA